AUGAAUAUAAAUAUUUGUACUUCCAUAAAAAUAUUAAUAAAUUGUCGUAAUAUGGGGCGUGCAGUUGUGGUUUUCAUUAAUGACGAUCAAUCGUCUACGUCUCAGGCUUGCCACGAUAAUUAUGUAGACUAUUUAGUAAAAUUUAAACGAGAAUAUCGUAUUUCUGAAAAUAAGGACUGUAUAAAGCUAUGUGAUGAAUGCUAUAAAAUAUAUGAAUAUAUAACAACAUUAAAAAAUCAGUGUCCUGAAAAAAUUUCUGCCCUUGCUGGAUCAUAUGCAGCGAUAGAUUUAACGAGUUACUGUAAAAGAUGUGAUGUUAAUUAUAAAAAAGUAAUCAAAAACACAUGUUGUAAUGAUGAAAAAUAUGAAUUAAUAUCAGGUACAGAUAAAUUAUGUAAAGUAAAUGUUGUUAGUCUAACAAAAACAAUAUCUGAGCUAGAAAAACAUAAAACUAACCCACAAUUGGAGAGGCAUUCCUAUGAACUCAAUGGUCUAGAAAAUAAUUAUUCUCCAGAAGACAAUGAAAAACAUACUUCUGCCAAAGAUUUAAGACAAGAACAUGGAAUUUCGGGAAAUAAACAACAGGAAACAUUGAAUUCAUCUAAUAUAGGUAAGCAUAAAGACUAG